AUGCAAAGCUACAGAGGGACUCUCUUGACUUCUGGCCUGUUGGCUUUGGCUUCGCACGCCUCGGCGCAGGUUGCGAACGUUUGCCCAUCCACAAACGUUUGCUUCAAGUUGAAUAUUCCAGAGAGUACAGCUUCGUCUGGAAGCGGAGACAUCUUCUUCCAGGUUUCCGCACCGAGCACCUACUCAUGGGUUGCACUCGGUCAGGGGCGGGCCAUGGCUGGCUCCAACGUAUUCGUCGUUUACACAUCGGCAGAUGGAAGUAACGUCACGUUAUCACCCAGGUCAUCAAGCGGCUACAAUAUGCCCACACUCAACAGCAACACGAAGGUUGAGCUUCUUGAGGGUUCUGGGGUAUCGAACGGCAUCAUGACGGCCAACGUCAAAUGCUCGAACUGCGACAGCUGGUCCGGUGGGACUGCAGACUUCAAAGCCUCGAGUGGAAACUGGAUCUACGCGUAUCAAUCAUCAGGCGGCGCACUGAACUCCAAUGACCAGUCAAUAUCCAUUCGUCAACACAACCAGCAGGAUUCCUUCUCUUGGGACUACGCCAAUGCCAAGGGAGGAAGUAGUGUCAAUCCACUCGUGAACGCUUCGCCCGCUGCGCCCGCUAGCAAUGGAAGUGGAAGUAAAUCUGAAGGUGCGACAGCAACAAGCUGCAUCGCACGACAAGCACAAGCCAGUGGUUCCGGGACUGGGUCUGGGACUGGGACUGGGUCUGGGACUGGGACUGCCAUUACAGCUCAUCCUGCUCAGACAAGUUCGAGUGACGAUGACAACGACAACAACGACAGUCGUACGCGAUGGGGUCCUCCAACCUGGGCCACUGCUCGGCCGACUGCUUGGCCAACUGGCCGUCCACCUAACAACGACGACAACGGUGGUGGCCCGAACCGAUUCACGAAGCGACAAGACCUUCCGUACUGCGAUGACGUCAGCUCUGUAACGGGUGGUUUUACUUCGACUGCUUUAGGCGGUGGCAGAGAAUCGUCCAAGCGACAGACGAUGCUCAUCGCUCACGGCGUUCUCGCAUCGCUUGCCUUUGUCAUCCUCUUCCCCGCUGGCGCCAUCGCUAUCCGUCUCGCAUCGUUCCCAGGAGUCAUUUGGCUCCAUGCGGCGUUCCAAAUCUUCGCAUACCUUGUCUACAUUGCCGCGUUUGGUCUGGGUGUGCACAUUGCUGCUGAGAUGGAGAUGAUGGACCACCACCACCCCGUAAUCGGUAUCGUUGUGUUCAUUGCCAUGCUCCUUCAGCCCAUCUUCGGCUACUUGCACCAUGCUUUUUUCAAGAAGUGCCAGAGCCGCACACUCUGGUCGUACGUGCACAUCUGGCUCGGCCGUAUCGCCAUCACGCUUGGUAUUGUCAACGGCGGUCUCGGUCUGCAGUGGGCUGACUCGAUGAAUUUGAGCUCCAAAGGCGGCAUCAUCGCGUAUUCUGUCGUUGCUGUGGGAGUUUGGUUGGCUUGGGUCGCAGCGAGUGUGAUUGGAGAGAGGAGGAGGAGCAGGAAGUUGGCGGAUACUCCGCCGCAAUAUAGGAAGCGGGGGCGUGGGGAAAUGGGGAGACAGAGGCAGGGUAGUGAUGAUACUGAUAGUACUGACGAAAUCCAGCUGGUGGAAUCACAGUUGCAUGGACAUUAUGCGCCGAAGAAUCAGUAG